CAGGUCCCAGAGAAACACCCGGCCUCGCUGUGCUCUGUAAAGGGUUUGGCGCUUCCCGUGAACGCCCAGCGGAGCGCUUAGCUUUGGGAUCCCGUACUCUGCACUCAGCAAAGAGCCAGCUUCUCGUCGCGCAGCGCAUCGACCAACUCCGGCGUAGACCCCAGCGCGGAGGCGACGGCCAGCACCGACAUGGCCAAGACCACAGCGAUCGGCAUCGACCUGGGCACCACCUACUCGUGCGUGGGGGUGUUCCAGCACGGCAAGGUGGAGAUCAUCGCCAACGACCAGGGCAACCGCACCACCCCCAGCUACGUGGCGUUCACUGACACCGAGCGGCUGAUCGGGGAUGCGGCCAAGAACCAGGUGGCGCUGAACCCGCAGAAUACGGUGUUCGACGCGAAGCGGCUGAUCGGCCGCAAGUUCGGCGACCCGGUGGUGCAGGCCGACAUGAAGCACUGGCCCUUCCAGGUGAUCAACGAGGGCGACAAGCCCAAGGUGCGGGUGAGCUACAAGGGCGAGACCAAGGCCUUCUACCCCGAGGAGAUCUCGUCCAUGGUGCUGACGAAGAUGAAGGAGAUCGCGGAGGCGUACCUGGGCUACCCGGUGAGCAACGCGGUGAUCACCGUGCCCGCCUACUUCAACGACUCGCAGCGGCAGGCCACGAAGGACGCGGGCGUGAUCGCGGGCCUGAACGUGCUGCGGAUCAUCAACGAGCCCACGGCGGCCGCCAUCGCCUACGGGCUGGACCGCACGGGCAAGGGGGAGCGCAACGUGCUCAUCUUCGACCUGGGCGGCGGCACGUUCGACGUGUCCAUCCUGACCAUCGACGACGGCAUCUUCGAGGUGAAGGCCACGGCGGGCGACACGCACCUGGGCGGGGAGGACUUCGAUAACCGGCUGGUGAACCACUUCGUGGAGGAGUUCAAGAGGAAGCACAAGAAGGACAUCAGCCAGAACAAGCGGGCGGUGAGGCGGCUGCGCACCGCCUGCGAGCGCGCCAAGAGGACGCUGUCGUCCAGCACGCAGGCCAGCCUGGAGAUCGACUCGCUGUUCGAGGGCAUCGACUUCUACACGUCCAUCACGCGCGCGCGCUUCGAGGAGCUGUGCUCGGACCUGUUCCGGGGCACCCUGGAGCCCGUGGAGAAGGCGCUGCGCGACGCCAAGCUGGACAAGGCGCAGAUCCACGACCUGGUGCUGGUGGGCGGCUCCACGCGCAUCCCCAAGGUGCAGAAGCUGCUGCAGGACUUCUUCAACGGGCGCGACCUCAACAAGAGCAUCAACCCCGACGAGGCGGUGGCCUACGGGGCGGCGGUGCAGGCGGCCAUCCUGAUGGGCGACAAGUCUGAGAACGUGCAGGACCUGCUGCUGCUGGACGUGGCGCCCCUGUCGCUGGGGCUGGAGACGGCGGGCGGCGUGAUGACGGCGCUGAUCAAGCGCAACUCCACCAUCCCCACCAAGCAGACGCAGAUCUUCACCACCUACUCGGACAACCAGCCCGGGGUGCUGAUCCAGGUGUACGAGGGCGAGCGCGCCAUGACGCGCGACAACAACCUGCUGGGUCGCUUCGAGCUCAGCGGCAUCCCGCCGGCGCCACGCGGCGUUCCCCAGAUCGAGGUGACCUUCGACAUCGACGCCAACGGCAUCCUCAACGUCACGGCCACCGACAAGAGCACCGGCAAGGCCAACAAGAUCACCAUCACCAACGACAAGGGCCGCCUGAGCAAGGAGGAGAUCGAGCGCAUGGUGCAGGAGGCGGAGAAGUACAAGGCGGAGGACGAGGCGCAGCGCGAGCGCGUGGCGGCCAAGAACGCGCUGGAGUCCUACGCCUUCAACAUGAAGAGCGCCGUGGAGGACGAGGGUCUGCGCGGCAAGCUCAGCGAGGCCGACCGCAAGAAGGUGCUGGACAAGUGCCAGGAGGUGCUGUCGUGGCUGGACGCCAACAGCCUGGCCGAGAAGGAUGAGUUCGAGCACAAGAGGAAGGAGCUGGAGCAGGUGUGUAGCCCGAUCAUCAGCGGACUCUAUCAGGGUGCGGGCGGCGCGGGGGCUGGCGGCUUCGGGGCGCAGGCGCCCAAGGGGGGCUCUGGCUCGGGCCCCACCAUCGAGGAGGUGGAUUAGGUGCCCCGUGGCCCGUCCCGUCCCGUCCCGUCUCUCCAGCCUCUCUGCGAGUCCCUUCCUCUGGGACAGGCGGGCUGUUGGACUCGGGGGACCCCGCGGUUGCUCUGUGCUGUGUAACUCGGGUCUCUGUGUUUGAUGGUGUUGUGGAGUUAAGCAGCCACCUGACGGAUCGGGGCGCUGCGUCUCGCGUCUCCCGUCCUUGGUGCUGUAAAUCAUGUUAUGUAGUUUUAUUGUAAGUGCUAGAAGGAUGUUUUUAUGGUCUUCCCACCAACUAUUCAAUACUGUCCCCUUUUGUACAAUUUUUUUGCUUGCAACAGGCCAAUAAUAAGGCUAAUUACGAUUUGUAAUUUAUGUGAUGAUUAAAAGAUUUAAAGAUAUUAGUAGACUGUACCGGGAUGGGUGGUCUGGGGACCGUUUUUGUGGGCUCAGGCUCCUGUGUUCCUAGUCUGCUCUGUUCUUGAGAAUGUGGAUUAGACCCACAAGUUCACAGUCGUGCUUGUGUUGUAGAUGUUUGGAGUCACUAGUUGCCUUUCUCAUAUUGCCUAUUUGUAUGUAAAGUUAUACAAUAUUUUGUCGUUGAGCUGUGGAACACGCUGUUUAUCAAUAUCCUGAUUUGGAGACGAAUUUAUACUGUGGCAUUGUUUUCAGUUUUCUUUUUUGCACACUCUGAACCCAAGCUAGUUGUUUUCAUUGGUCAUUUUAAAAUAAAAAAAAAAAAACGCUAAA